AUGCGUGACGUUGUCCACGCUCUUCGCGACCAUUCCUAUACCUUUAGCAACUACUACGACUACGAGAGUCGUCCAUCCCAGGAGAGAGUCAAUGCGAACAAUGUGGCGGCACAAUUUCCAGAAAGGAUGUACCACGACGAUAAAGUAUACGAAAACUCCAUGGCGCUCACUUGUGCAUGGAAUCAGAAGCUAAGGGACGCAAUCCCUGGGAUAAUCGCAGAAGUUGCAGAUCAUGCCGGGGUGGAAGCCGAAGCCGAGUUUGUUGGCAUGGGUGCCUUCAAUAUUGUCUACAAAGUAGACAAGUUUGGAGGUAUUUAUCGAUUCCCGAUCUUGGGCAAAAGCGCAUUCCGCCACGAAAAGACAAAUGACGAAUGCAUGAUAAUGCAAUACCUUUCUCGACACACGGCGAUCCCGAUUCCUAGACUCAUCGCCGCCAAAAGCUGCGAGGUCGGGCCGUACCUCGUUAUGGCUCGUGCAGACGGCAAAGACUUGUCGGACUAUCUCGAGACCAAACCACAGCUCGGCGGACCAGGAGGAUUGGACCCGAACGUCAACAUGACUACUUUGGCUCAAGCCUAUCGCAGCAUGGCUAAAAUCUUGAUCGAGCUUUCCAAAUGUCGAUUUGCCCACAUCGGAGCCGUAGGGCGAAAUGAAUCCAAGCAGUGGUGUGUGACAAAGAGACCAAUCACCAUCAACAUGAAUCAGAUUGUCUCAUGCGGGAACUUCCCAGUGAAAGCACUGCCCCAGAAGGCCUUUGCAACGGCAAACGAAUAUUUCGCCUGUCUGGCCGAAAUUCACCUGACACAUCUCAAAACUCAACGUAACGAUGCGAUUGACGACGAGACGGAUGCUCGGAAAAAGUACGUGUCCCGAUGUCUGUUUUCCAAAAUUGCCCAAAAUUUCUCAGUCCAAGACAAUCACCGGCCUUUUCCAUUGUAUUGCGACGAUUUGCGGCCUUCGAAUGUCCUCGUGGAUGACGAGAUGAAUAUUCGCAGCGUCAUUGACUGGGAAUACUGCUAUGCCGCCCCUGUCGAAUUCACGUAUUGCUCGCCAUGGUGGCUCCUUCUCAAGCAUCCAGAAGAUUGGGACCGUGAUUUGGGCAACUUUUUUGAGCAAUAUCUCCCACGACACAAAUUAUUCAUACAAGUCCUACGUGAGGAAGAGCAUGACCUUAUCCAUCAAGGGAAACUGCUGGAGAGCCAGUGCCUCUCCACCAGGAUGUCGGAGUCAGUUUCCAAUGGUCAUUUUUGGUUCUGUCUUGCCGCCACGUCCAGCUACGCGUUUGACGAUAUUUACUGGAGAUUUAUCGACCCUGCCUAUUACGGCCCAUUCACCUCAAUCAAAGAUCGAAUUCAACUCUUGAACCAGCAAGAGCGAGACGACCUCGAACCAUUUGUGCAGCUCAAGAUCCAGCAAGCAGGGGAGGGCACAGUAGAUCAACAUUGGACCGUAGAGGAAAUGUUCGACGCCUGA